CCGUCCGCGCGCAGCUCAGGCUCGCGGUCUCCGUGUCUCCGUCUGUGGUGGUCGGUGGCGGCACUGGAAUAAAUGAGGAGUCCGUUCUUCCGACGCAGAUACCGGGGAAAGACUCAGACGACCGUCCCGGGACGCUUGUUAUUGCUCCGUGUCCGUCUAAAGGGCAGUGGAUUAUUAUCGAUCACUGCUGGUGAUGGACGUGACAGCAGCGGUGCGGUGCAGCGCGUGUGUCCGUGAUGAUGCAGAGGAUUGUGCGGUGCUCUGUUGUCGGGGAAAUGUUGAACAUUUCUGCGGAUAACAUAAACCAUUAGUAUACCUGGGUGUGCGCCAUUAUUCCCCACGCACCUGCACCUUCAGGAAAUGAUCCUGUGAUUCUGAGGUGAUGGUGACACAACAGUGUCUUAGUGUUCGUGACAUUCAUUAACAUCAACCAACAACAACCACCUGUGCUACCAUUUUGUACAAGCCUAUUUUGUUUCUACCUCUUUUUAUUUAUCUUAAAGUUUUUGAAUGAACUGUCAUUGUAAGGAAGAUUUCCUCUACAUCACAAGCUUUUAUUGUGAUAUGUUUGUGUGUGCUGUUUUUUUUGGAUGGAAAUCCUCAUAAUGAGCGAGGCGUCUUCACACUAGAGCAAAUGAGACAUUGUUUUCCAAACCUGGAUGAGAAUAAACCUGUGGAAUGCUUGAUCUCAAGAUGAAGGAAACGUGUCGCAUCUGUGGCCGUGAGCUCUGCGGUAACCAGAGGCGAUGGAUUUUCCACCCGACCGCCAAACUCAACCUGCAGGUGCUGCUGUCCCACGCUCUGGGGAAAGAGCUGACCCGGGACGGCCGUGGAGAGUUCGCCUGCUCCAAAUGCACCUUCAUGCUGGACCGCAUGUACCGCUUUGACACGGUCAUUGCUCGUGUGGAGGCCCUGUCCAUCGAAAGGUUGCAGCGGCUCCUGCAGGAGAAACAUAGACUGAGACAGUGCAUCGGUGGACUCUAUCGGAAAACAAAUUCCGAGGAUGGAGCUGUAACAGUGGGUGGAGGCGAAGAAGGGCCAGUUGAUGGCAUGGUGGACUUUUCAGGCCUCGCUCAUGCAAAGUACUGUGCCCUGCUCCAGGACGACAUGGUCUACUCUUUGUACGAGUCUUGGGCUGACGACAGCCUGGACUGUCACCAUCACCACCACCACCACCACCCAGCAGGUCCAGGGUCAGAGGUUACAGUUGCAGGCUCACAACGCUGUCUGUCCAGCACUCCCAGGAGGUGCCAAGGAUGUUCCUACUGGAGAGUGACAGACUCUGAUUAUGAGGCUGUUUGUAAGGUGCCCAGGAAGUUGGCACGGAGUAUUUCAUGUGGCCCGUCAACCAGAUAUUCAGCCAGUGUUAUCGGAGGCAGUGUGGUUGGAGGGGUGGGAACUGCUGAAGAAGAAGAAGAAGACAGAAAAAGUGUGGACAAUUCAGAAGAACCCCCAUCUUCUUUAACUCUGGUCCCUGGUUCUCAGGACCCCUCAAGGAGAUCAGACAGUGAUCGCACACUGGCUGGACAUGCCAGCUCCAGCCCCUCUGUAACAUCUCUGGAGACAGCUGAGGAGUAUGUCCAGCCUACAGCCAUAACAGAUGGUCCUCUGAGUUCCCCUAGGGAACCCAUGGAUGACCGGAUAUUUGACUCCCUCUCUGAAGAGCACAUGGGAGCCCCACACAGUCAGUCCUCAUCUGGGCUCAGCCUCUCUCUGUCCCUGUGUUUGCUGCAGAGCUAUAGCAUCUACCGGCCAGUCAGGACCUCCAAGGGGAGCAAACUGCCAGUACUGCUCAGACGGAGCUUCAGUAAUGGAGGCACAAGGCUGGGAUACUCGGAUCCUGCCUUUGGAAUUACUUAUGGAACUCCAGACAAGGAAAGAGACAACAGCAUGCCAGUGCCUGGGCUGGAGACCCCUCUGAUCAAGCUGGAACAGGAUCUGAACAUGGCUUACAUGGCGGAUCUUUUUGAAGAUUUGUACAAAGAGUAUCCUCGCCCACCUCCCCACCAGAGUCUUGUCGAGGAGCAGCAAAGCCAGCUGAACCAGUAUGAGUGUGCGGCCGGUCAGUGUGUGAGUGAGCUGCAGAAGGCCCAGCUCCAGGUCCAGUCCCUGCAGGCCAAGAUCCAUGAGAGCGAGGCCAAUAACAUGAAGCUGCAGGAAAAGCUGAAUGAAAUGGAGUGUGAGCUGCGUUCACUUCGCCAGGCGGCUCACAGUCAGGAGAGAACCAUCCAGGGCCUCACCGAGUCUAUUGGUACAAAAGACAGUGAGGCUCAGGAGCUGUAUCAACUCAUCGAAGGGCAAAACGCCACUCUGUGCAAGCUGCAAGAAAUAGCCCAUCGCAACCAGCUCACGCAAUGCAAGGUUCCAGAGGGGGUCAGCGAGUCCUUGACCCUCGCCCAGCUGCAGGGCGAGUUGGUGGGCAUGCAGAGUUCGCUGUUCACCCUUGGGCUGGAGCUCGAGGCCAGCCAGCGGAGUCUCAGACAGAGUCAGAGACAAGGAGACGACUUAGUGAGGUUCAAGAACAGACUGAACUCUGAUCUACAGGAGGCACUGCAGCACAGGGAGGUCACUGAAAAACAUAACCAGGACUUGCACUGUGCCCUUCAGAAAAGUCGCUCUGAGCUUCAGGCCAAAGAAGCCGCUCUGAAGGAGAGCGAGGCAGAGAAAGUCUCUGUGGUGCAGGAAAAGGACAAGACCAUUGCACAACUCAAGCACUCUCUGCAAGACAAGGAGCAGCAAUUACAAGAAUACUCGGAUAUGCUGGAAACAACAGCAAACUCCAAAUCAAGAGAUGCCCUGCUGGAGAAACUAAGAGAGCGGAUUAAAGAUAGAGACAGGGCUUUGGAGCGCUCCAUCGACGACAAGUUCCGCAGUCUGGAGGAGCGUGAGGGUCAGGUGAGGAGGCUCCAACUGGCCCUCAGGGAGAAGGAACGGGACUUGGAGAGACUGCGCUGCAUCCUGUCCAACAACGAAGAGACCAUCACGAGUCUGGAUGGUUUGGUGCGUAGUAAAGAGCUAGAGCUGGAGCAGGCGGCAGAGGCCUACAGGAACCUGCAGUGGCUGAAGCAGCAGAGUGAAGAGCAGGAGAGAAACACACUGAGAGAAAAAGAGACCAUCAUCAAGCAGCUGCAGGCAACUCUGCAGAGCCACAGCCAGGAGACCCAGGACCUGACGGCAGCCCUAAUUGCCCGAGUUCAGUCUGGUCCCACUGAUAUUGUGGAGGAGCUGAAGGCUCGUCUGGCCCUGAAGGAGAAACUGUUCCAGGAGCUGCUGUCUGACCGUAGCCGCCAGUCUAAUCAUCACCAAGCACAGGUCCAGGAUCUGUUCAACGCGCUCAGCUCCAAAGACCAGUAUCUGCAGGACCACACCUACAGACUGUCCUUAGUGAUCAGCGAGCGGAGCAGCCAGCUGCAGGAGCUGCGCAGCCAACUGUCGCUUAAAGAACAGGAGCUGUGCGAGGUGAGACGGGACAAGGAGAGAGACAUGGGAGGAGAGACGGAGCAUCUGCGGGGUCUGCUCAAAGAGAAGGAGGCCUUCAUCAAGGAGCUGAUGCAGAGCCAGGAAGAGGCGAUGCAGCUGUCAUCUAAAGAGAGUGACGGAGAGAUGAAGGCUCUACAGGAGGAGCUGCAACUGGCAAUGAAGAAGGAGCGGGCGGCUCAGGAGGAGCUCUCUGCUCUGCAUUUAUCUUUGGCUCACCAGCAAGUCCAAGGAGAUGCCCAAAAAGCCAGCGGUGAUCAGCAAUGCGUGCUGGAGCAGCUUGUAUCAGAGUACAACAAGCUGAAUGAUGCCCUGAGGGCAGAGAAGAGACUAUACCAGAAUCUCAUGCAUGUGCACAACAAGAGUGACAGCAGCUCAGAGAAGAUCCAGGCACUCCACACUGAGCUAGACUCAGUGCAGGCACUGCGUGGACAGUUGGAGGAAGUCCUGGCCAGGACCUGUAACAUGGCCCUGGCACUGGAAAGGGCAGCCAAGCGGCAGCCUGACUUUGGAGAGCUCAAUACAGAGGACGAGGAGGAGGAAGGAGACGAUGAAGACGGCGGCAACAGCAGCAGCGAUGAGUUCACCGACAGCAUAGAGGAGGAUGAUGCUAAAGCGACGGCCAUCGCUCAGGGGUCUGAGAAGUCAUGUGAAGCCAGGGGUGUGGCUGCAGAGCUGGUGAGGGGAGUGCUGUCCCAGAGAGCUGAUGUAAAGCAGCUUGAGGAAGCGAGGAGGAUGCUUGAAGGCCAGCUUGAGGAAAUAAGGUCACACCUGGAGAGCGAUGGCUUCACAUCAGUGGCCCAGAUGAGGAGUGCACUGCAGAACCUGCAGGAGGAGAACCAGGCUUUGAAAGAAUGCCAAGAACGAGCCGGAGUCCUGGGACUGAGGACGAACACACAGAAGAAUCUCAGAAGACUCGCCUGGGAAGAGGAGGAGGAUAUUGAGGAGGAAGAGGAAGAGGAGGAGGAGGAGGAGGAGGAGGAGGAAACACCUCAGCGAUGGAAGAGACAGUGCACAAGGCCUUGCUCUCUGGACCUGGAGCAGCAGAUUGAGAAGGAGGCGGAGCCUGCUGGUAACACGAGUGAAGUGGGAGCACUGUGGCAGGACAUCGAUGAGGGCCUCCGCGAGCAGGCAGCUCACCUACGCUCCGAUCUGGCUCUGAGCCACCAGGAGAACAGAGAACUGCAGGAGAGGCUGAUGGUGUCGGAGGCCACGGUCCACGCUCAGGCAGAACAGCUCAAGGACUACAGAGACCUGCUCACAGAGACGUCAGUCCAGCAAGCCAGUAAACAGGUGCAGGUGGAUCUUCAGGAUCUGGGUUAUGAGACAUGCGGUCGCAGUGAGAAUGAGGCAGAGAGAGAAGACACCAGCAGCCCAGAGUUCGAUGACCUGGAGAUGUGCACGUCGCUGUCCCAUCAGCAGGACUACGACGGCGUGGGCAGCAGCUGGUACUCUGCAAACAGUGGAGGUUAUGAAGUGGGCGAUGACACCUCGCACCAGCAUCUGGUCCUCGAUCUGCGCUCACAGCUGACACGCUGCCACAAAGUGAUCCGCGGGCUGCAGCUGCGCGUCCGCUCCCUGUCCGCCACCAGCGACUACGCCUCCAGUCUGGAGCGCACGCCUCGCAAGGUAAACUGGGCCUUUGAGACGUCACCUGCCCCCAGCGGUGCGGAAGAAGAUGAAGGCUGGAUGUCUGACUCGCAGGCGAUUCGCUCUGGGUCCAAACCCAGGAGGGAGCUCGAAGAACUGAUGGCACGAGUCACAUCACUGGAGGCACAACUAAAAAGCCCCGGCCUGGAGGGAAAGGGUCAAGCAGAAGAGGGGAAAUGUGCUACUUGGCCUGGGAAGUACAACACUCUGAUCCAGGCACAAGCUCGUGAGCUGUCCCACCUGAGGCAGAGGAUGAGAGAGGGACAGGGAGUCUGCCAUAUCCUCACCCAGCACCUGGGUGACACCACUAAGGCCUUCGAGGAGCUGCUGCGAGCUAACGAUAUUGAUUACUACAUGGGUCAGAGCUUUAGAGAGCAGCUGGCACAGAGCACCACGCUGGCACAAAGAGUGGUCACCAAGAUCAGCGGACGUGACUGUGCAGAGAGCCCCGAUGAAAAGAUGGGCCACGAGUUGCUUGCCUUGCGGCUGAGUAAGGAGUUGCAGCAGAAAGAUAAAAUUAUUGAGUCGCUUCACACCAAGCUGCAGCAGCGUCCCGAGACCCCGUCCAGCUGCCACGCCCUCUCGGAGACCACCGACCAAUCAGACAGGACCUCCUUGGUGUCCGAAGAGUACAGAACCAACGAAGACCUGGAGCUGUGCUCGGAUUUAGAUGCCCGAGAGUUUCAGGAGGAGCAGCAGCCAAGACAAGGAUCAGAACCAGACGUUCGUCCAUCUUUUCCUCCUCCUCCUCCUCCUCCUCACGGACUUCUCAAGUCCUCCAACAGCUGUCCCAACAUGCAUUACUCAGCCCCUGUGACUUUGACCAGUCAGGCCUCUAGAGCCCUUUUCAGUGAGCCCGUUUCCUCCUUCUUCCCUGUCCCUUCUGGCCCUGACGUCUGGGGUAAAGAAGUCACUUCUGACCCCCGGCCCAGGGCCUUGUCUGUGAUCGCUGUUCGCCCAGAGCUGGACACGCUGUACAAACAGAUGAAUGAACAGAACAGGGGCUUUGCAGUUCCCAGUGACAAGGCCACGUUCCCUCUCUCACCCGGUGCUCACAACCAGAACGACCUCUCCAGCUACAGCCUGCUGUCCCAUCAUGCCUUUCAACAGUAUCAGCUGGGCGGCAUCCCUGAGGACCGCUCCCUGAAGUCUGACGUCGGGACUUUGUGGGACAUGGAGAACAUGGUUCAGCAAGUAGGGAGCUACGCUGGAUCGUCUGGGCUCCGGCCAGGUGUGAUUAAAAGUUUGUGCGGGGUGAAUGUGAUAGAGGAGCACCUGCAGGAGGUGAGGUGUCUCCGUCAGCGUCUAGAAGAGUCCAUCAGGACGAACGAGAGGCUCCGCCAGCAGCUGGAAGAAAGACUUGCUCGUGGUGGGCAUGGUGGAGGGGCCCCAACAAACAUCUACAUACAGGGGCUGGACUCAGUCACACAACUGUCCAACGAGAUUAGAGUCCUGAAGCAAGAAAACCUGGCCCUGCAGUCACGUUUGCAGGCUAGCACAGACACUUGUGAGGAGGUCGUACAGUUGCGGGAGGCUGUGUUUACGGCACAGGCUCGCCUGAAACAAGCAGAGCUGGAGGCCCAGCAGUGGAAGGAGGAGCUGCGACGACUUCAGAGUUACAGGCAGGAGCAAGGGGAGCAGAUCCACACGUUAAGGCAGGAGAGACAGGCCAGUCAGGAGAGAACCAACAGGCUCCAACAUGAGGUGUCGCUGCUGCAGCAGCAGCUGUGUGAGGGCAGGGAGCUCAUCCACUCCCUGCAGAGUGAACUGCAGGUCUACGAUCGAGUGUGUUUCACUGCAAAGGCCAACAAAGGCUACAUGUGUGGUGUGCCAGUGGAGCUGGGGGAGCUGCUUGGAGAGGUGAGGAGUCUCCGGGCACAACUGCAAACCAGUGUCCAGGAGAACAGUGCUCUCAAACAACUGGAGCUCCACAAGCAGCUGGAGCAGAAGCUGGGUGUGGGCUCUCCUCGCUCCCCCUCCCUCUCUGCGCUCACUGCCAGCCCUCAACGGGAAAACUUCUACAGGCGACAGCUGCUGCACGACCCAGCUCCGUCUCCACCAGUCAGGGACAUUGGUCUGUUUAACUGUGGAUCACCUGGUCCUCCCUUCUCAGACCUGGACGACAGCCAUAGCACUGCUAAUGUAGACUCUCUGGACCCUCACUGUGAGCUCGAGGGGGAGGCCCCCGACGGAUCGUUUGCAAACCGCAACGGUCGCCACGCCAUCGGUCAUGUGGAUGACUUCAGUGCUCUGCAACAGCAAGUCCUAGAGGGGCGGAGCCUCAUCCAACGCAUGGAGACGACCCUGCAGGCCUGCCUUGGCCCGACUCUGCUGGACGGCAAUGAGAAACACAGUGGUGAAAUGGUUGUGGACUCUGGAUGUGUGAAGAGUCUGCUGUCCAGCACCAGGACUCUGAGGCAGAUCCUGGAGGAGUCCAUGUCUCUGCUGAAGAUGUUCUGGAGGGCAGCUCUGCCCGGCAAUGAUCUCACCAUCCAAAACCUUAAGAAGGAGCAGUGUAUGCAGGAAGAAAUCUUGUCCCUGAAACUGCGUAUUUCAGAGCAGGAAGAGGUUCUAAAAGGGACGAUUCAAAGACUGAGAAGCACCAGCCGCACCAAGGAGAGCAUGGAGCACUUCAUAGUUAAUCAGUUGUCAAGGACUCGUGAUGUCCUGAAGAAAGCGAGGACAAAUUUAGAGAAGAAUGAGCAGAGACUUUCCUCUCUAAGCUCGUCCUCCUCCUCUCCUCAUGCUGCUGAGGAGCCAGGAGUUGUUGCCAGAGAGUGGCCUUCUGAUCGCACUGUCCUGAAGACCAGCGCUGCUUCCGGAGCCGCAGCCCAUCUGCGCCCGGCAACGAGGAAGCGCAACAGCCAAUGUCUGCUCUAGACUUUUCAAGAACCAGCCUCAAUGCUACCACCUCUGACCUCUAUGCUCCAACAGCCAAGACCCACAGAACACCCCCACCCCCCCACACGCCCCUCAACAGCUGCCAUGAGAGUGUGUCCACCCUUCACUCCUCUGGGCAACGUGUGAAGUUUACUCCGCACCUUGAGCCUUAGCAGACUCCCCUCACUUGCUCACCUCCCUCCCUCCCUCCGUCCUGCACCACCAGUGUUCUUGUCUUUGAGUGAUGUAGUCAGCAGUCUGCCUUGUGUGUGACAGAAGAAGGUGUUCGAAAUGUUCUCCUGAUGGAUUCGGUGUCGUGUGUCCUACUGAUGGAGCUGGUAGACGAUGCUCUUACACACUGAUCUCAGACCAGAUUUAGUCUUUUCUUAAUCUGGUGUCAGUGGAGCUGUAUUAAACGCGGUCAUUUGGCUUGAUCUCAGAGAUUGAAACGACGGCAUUUUUAUAUCAAAUAAUUCAAAAUGUAGCCUUAAAAUGAAGGGAAUUGGCAUCAAAUACAAAGUUUCUGUAAUACACUGUCCGCCCCUUAGAUCAGUCUCCGUGAGCAUCCUCUCCUGAGAGCCUGUGGACAGAGCAGAUGUUCAUGCAUGUUUAAAAAGACUUGUGGGAGGAAUUCUGCACACGUUUUCACACACACAUCUUUAUGUGUGUGUGUGAUCAGUCGAAGCUCACUCAAAGACAAGACACCUGUCAACUUUGACUGCCACACAAAUGUUUACCUCUUGUGGUACGCUUAUUAACAAGGACAUCUCUUCUUUUUUUUUGCCAAUGCAAUGCAAAGAAAAACGACGCCCACGGUGUGUCACUUGACACAGUGGAGGAAUGUAGAGGAGGUCGGUGGCCACUGCUACACAGUUAUGUGCUAUAUAUCUGUAUUUGUGGAGGAAGCUUUGGAAUAAUAUGUAAGCCAUCAGCCAAGAGUGGCGAUAGACGCCAGAAGAAAGUUCCACUUGAGUUCCACGCCUCCGUUUUUAGCUGUUAAUGUGUUUUGUUUUGUGUUUUUUUUAGCACAAAAGUGCAGUUGUGAAAACUGAAGACGUGCGAUUUGGAUCAGUUCUUAAAGCCAGCUUCUGUUUGAUCGAUUGUUAUUGGAUGUACACUGCAAUAUGUCCAAGUGCUCAAAUGGAACCAGGCUAAACACGCGUAUUCAAGCUCCUCUGUAGGAGUUCUCAUACGAGCAUGUGCAAUAAUAAUGUUUCUUGAAUAAUCAUGCUGCACCAGGAUAGUAUUAUUAUUAUUUCUUUGCCUGACACUGGAGUAUUAGUCACACUCAUAAUGGUAAUGUUAUGACUUCAAUGAGUGUUACGAUUGUACCUUUUUUUCUGGAGUGCCGAUGCAUGACAAAGACUGAUGAAUGGUCAAAACUGAGCUAUGGAACAGGGGAUUACCAAUACUUGCCCAAAGGUUUGAAAUUUAAACUCUUUAUUUCACUUUGACUUGCCUUGACCAUGCGAAUGACAAACUGUCUGAUGAGACAAAUAGACAAAUGCAGAUGUACCGUCCGUGUCGACGAGGAUUAAGAACCACAGAGACGGUAACCGUUAGACAGCCGAUUUGGUUUAUUUUUGAAUUGUUCUCCUUUUUUGGACCAAAACAAAAAGAACGGCGUGUUGUUGUUUUUUUGCACGACAUUAUAUGCUACAGUGGUCAUGUUAUAUCUUUUGGUUCAGGCCGUCUUAACAUUCCCAUGGCAAUGGCAAUAUAGGUUCUAAAGUUUUUAUAGAUGACACAAACUUUGGCAGGGUACUGGUAUGAUCAUUGUUCUAUAAUUCACUCACUUGUAUCAGUUCUGUUUCACUUGUAGUUUGAUGUGGGGUUUUUCUUUUGCUGUACAUUUGCCAUUUCAUGCUGUAAAUAACCUGCUUGUUGUGUGUGUAUGCGAGCGUGUGCGUGCGUGUGUGCGUUUGUAAAAAAAGAAAGAAAAAAAAAACCAUCCAACAUUUGCUUUUUGCAAAGUUGAUUAUCUGGGUAGCUGUGCAAUAGCUUUAUAAAAUACUUCAUUUUGAUGUUAAACAUCAUUGUAUUACAAGUAUGUUUGCUACACUCAUUAUAUGCAAUGUACAUUAGAGGAUUGUGUCACUUUGAAUCAGUUCGUCACAGCGAUGAGGGAAAACAUAAACAAUGCCUUCAAGACAUUGAUUACAUCAUCUACAAGUAGUUUAUUCGCUUGCCUUUACAUUUAGCCCGAGAGCUUCUCUAGUCUGCUCUCUGUGGUAGCGCUCGUCUACCUGAUAUCUGCCAAAUUAGGUUUUAUUUGUGCUUGAGUCUUCUGGGAAAAAAAAAAGUUGCCAAAUAUUUAAAUGAAAGGUAAAAAGUUUGAUAUUUCCUUUGUAAAUUGAAGACAUUAAAGAGAAAUGUUUUGAAGACUCGUCUGCUGUAAGGAAAAAGCCAAUGACUGAAAAGACUAUGGAGCGGUGAAUCCACAAAGCACCUUUUUAGAGCGUAAACAAAGCCUUAUUGCUAUUUAUUAAGAAGGGAAUUAGUGAGGGGAAUUAAACGGCAGUUUGAAACAGUGUAUUGUUGGUCCUGCGUUGCGUUUGUAUAUACCGCUAUUUGAUUGGUGCAGCCUUUAUUUGAUUGGAAAGCAGCUUUGUUUCUGAUUGUAUGUAUAAUGAAGUAGAAAGCCGAUACAGGACUCAUAUUGAUCUUGUCUCUGAUGACAGUUAAGAGUGUGUUGUGUUGGCACAGGUAGUUAUCAGUAAAAGAGUUUGGAAAAGAUGGAAUAAAACCAUUGAAAGCA